ACUUUCUCUGUGUGAGUUACUGGUUUAUGGGAGAAUCGUGUCUCUUCGAUUAAUUUAAUAAUAAUAUUAAAAAAAAGAGUUUGCAGAGAGUGAAAAGAUCUUGUGGGUUGGCCAUUAUAUAUGCAGGUCUUUCUCCAUCUUCCCCUCUUCGAAACUUACUGAAACUACUUUAGCUUUUCCUCGAGAAGCAUAACCCUAAAAAGGAACGAUAAUGGAUGUUAGCAUGAGUUUUUCACAGGAUAUGGAUGAUGAGUAUGAGAAGCUCAUCAGAAGAAUGAACCCACCCAGGGUUGUGAUUGAUAAUGACUCCUGCAAGAACGCCACUGUGAUAAGGGUGGAUAGUGCAAAUGAAUAUGGGAUUCUUCUUGAAGUUGUGCAAAUCCUCACUGAUCUCAACCUCACUAUCACCAAAGCUUACAUAUCCUCUGAUGGUGGUUGGUUCAUGGAUGUGUUUAAUGUCACCGAUCAAGAUGGGAACAAAGUCACUGACGAAGUUGUUCUAGACUAUAUCCAAAAAUCUCUUGGGCCUGAAGCUUGUUUCUCCACUCCCAUGAGAACCAUUGGUGUCACACCAUCAACAGACAGCACGGUCAUCGAGCUAACCGGCUGUGACAGACCAGGUCUACUCUCUGAACUGACAGCUGUCCUGACCCAUCUAAGAUGCAGCGUCCUAAACGCCGAGGUCUGGACACACAACACCAGAGCAGCUGCUGUGAUGCAGGUGACGGAUGACUCAACCGGGUGCGCUAUCUCCGACCCAGAGAGGCUCUCUCGGAUCAAGAACCUUCUCAGGAACGUCCUCAAGGGAAGCAACACGCCAAGAGAAGCCAAAACGGUUCUGUCUCACGGUGAGGUCCACACUGACAGGAGGCUUCAUCAGAUGAUGUUUGAAGACAGAGACUAUGAGCACCGUGCGGUGGUGGAUGAUGAUUCCUCAAUCCAAGAUGAGAGGCAGAGACCGGAUGUUUGCGUUGAUAACUGGCUUGAUAAGGAUUACUCAGUGGUCACGGUUAGAUGUAAAGACAGACCAAAGCUUCUGUUCGAUACUGUCUGUACUUUGACUGAUAUGCAGUAUGUGGUCUUCCAUGGAAGCGUUGACACUGAAGGCACGGAGGCGUAUCAGGAGUAUUAUGUGAGACAUAUAGAUGGCUCCCCUGUGAAGUCAGAGGCUGAGAAGCAAAGAGUCAUACAGUGUCUCGAAGCAGCUAUCAACAGAAGAGUGUCUGAGGGAUUGAAGCUGGAACUGUGCACGACGGAUAGAGUAGGCUUGUUGUCGAACGUGACUCGCAUAUUCCGUGAGAACAGUCUAACGGUCACUAGAGCUGAAGUGAAAACCAAAGGAGGCAAAGCUCUGAACACAUUCUAUGUCAGCGAUGCGUCUGGUUACUCUAUUGAUGCCAAGACUAUAGAUUCUAUAAGACAGACCAUAGGCCAGACCAUCCUCAAAGUCAAGAACAACCCUGAAGAACAACAACAGAGACAAAAACCGCCUUCACAAGAUUCUCCAACUAGGUUCCUCUUUGGGGGUCUCUUCAAAUCGAAAUCUUUUGUCAACUUUGGCUUGGUUCGGUCUUACUCUUGAAGGAACAUGUUAGCUUAGGCUGUGAGAUUAAGUCUCGUCUAGGUUUUUUUAAUUGCUUCUUUAAACUUGAGAAGAAUCUGUAAAUAUUUCACCAGUUAUAAAAGCUUAGUUCUUGGUCUAGGAUCCAACGUUGUGUAAGGCAUAUGACUAAAGAUUUAAGUGUUAACCUC